AUUUAGAUAUUGAUGAUUCAAAAUUAACAAAACCCAGAAAACCUAAUCGCCUAUGCUCCUGCGAGCUGCUCCCAUCCCGGCGAGCCUUCCUGAUCCCUCCAUUUCCUCGAGCCGGCCGCCUCCUCACAGACUUCGCAGCCAUCUCCUACGCGCAGUCUUCUUUCUCUUCUUCCUCCUCCAACGACGCGAACCGGACCUUCAACCUCUCCGCUUGACGCCCGCGGCGUCGUCGAACGCCCGGUGCAACGUCGGCAGCUUGUGAAACCCAGAAGGAGUUGCAGGAGAAGAGAGGACAAGAUGGGUGAGGAGGUGGACAAAUCGUUUCUUGCACGUAUGCUUUCCUAUCUGCGCUCCUCCAGCAAGUACUACACUGGAUAUCCAAAGGAUCUUGGACCUUCAAGGGUUAUUCACUUCACCUCCGAGCGUCAAUUUGUCCAACUCUUGCAUGAAGGCAGGCCUGUGGCAGUUGCCUUCACUAUAAGGAGUCCCUAUACGGAACAUCUUGAUGGGGUGUUGGAGGAAGCUGCUGCAAAGUUUUGCCCACACAUCAAAUUCAUGCGUGUGGAAUGCCCAAAAUAUCCAGGAUUUUGCUUAACUAGACAAAAGAAGGAGUAUCCAUUUAUUGAGAUAUUUCAUAGUCCAGAACAAACAGCUAAUCAGGGCAAAGUGGUAGAUCCCAACGUCACCAAGUAUGCAGUCAAGGUCAUGCCAUUUAAUUAUGAUGUUAGUGUAUAUGGGUUCCGAGAGUUUUUCAAGAAACAUGGAUUUCACGUGGAGAAUCCAAGUGAAACUGCCACAACAGACCAUCACUAAUUUCUUUCAAGAGGAAAUCCUCCGAGAAUUAUUGUAUUCAGCAACUUAGUUACACAUUCGGAUUGCAACAAGGCAGGAAAACUAUUUUCCCUAUAAAAUUAUUGUCACGAUAGCAUUAUAGCUAUUUUUCCCAUUUGGUUGAUCUUAAGCUAAUUGUCCAUCCGGGUCGCUGUGUUCCUUACAGAUGGACGUUACACUCGCUUUCAAACUUUUCGUUGUCUUCUGAGUUGUAAUGUCUUGUUUUCUCUUUUCUUUUCAUUUUUUUUUAUUUAUUUUGGAAGAAAGUCAUUAGGCAAACUACUACGUAUAACCUUUCAAAAGAGGUAUUUCUGUUAGUCAUCAAAUCUUAUUAGCAAACUUCAAUUUACCUUUUAAAUUUCCUUUA